UCAUAGUAAUGAUAGUUAAAAGUUCAUCGGCCCUUCCUUCUAAUAUAUUUCGCCUUUCAAACUUCUUACCAGAUACAACCUAAGAAAAAACUUCAGCAGAAGUACUGCUAGGUGAAAAUGAUUCUCCCCAUUAUCUUCAUCUUUUGCCUCCUCUCCUCCUCCCAAGCUUCUGUUCUAGAUUUCUGUGUUGCAGAUUACGCAGCUCCCAACAGCCCUGCAGGAUAUUCUUGCAAGAAGCCUUCAAAGGUCACAGUGGAUGAUUUUGUAUUCCAUGGCCUAGGCGUUGCAGGUAACACCUCAAACAUUAUAAAAGCUGCAGUGACACCAGCAUUCGAUGCUCAAUUUCCCGGUCUCAAUGGCCUUGGACUUUCCUUGGCUCGUUUGGACUUGGACAAGGGUGGAGUUAUACCAAUUCACACACAUCCUGGAGCCUCAGAAGCACUUGUUGUUCUGACAGGGUCAAUCACUACCGGUUUUGUUUCAUCUGAUAACACUGUAUACCUUAAAACCCUCCAGAAGGGAGACACUAUGGUGUUUCCACAAGGAUUACUUCACUUCCAGAUCAAUGCUGGUGAAGAAGCUCAAGGGUGUUCUUGGAGGCAAAAAUUAACAGUAAAUAACGGGAGAUUGUUGUCCUCAUAAGAGAGUGUGUCUGCUGUUAGAUUGAUUUCACACCUUGGUUUUCAUUUUUAGAUUGGUCGGGUUUGUAAUAAAGGUAUUCUUGUUGAGAAGUGUUGGUAGCUCAAGUAAUAGAAGAGUAGUCUGACGUGUUUCUUGUUUAUUGUUACCAAUUGUCGAGUAUUUGUAAAAGUCAGUGAUUUCCAGGUUCAGAAAAUUAUGCUGCCAGAGGAAUAAAUGUGUGGUCAUUGUCUUAAUGCGUCUGAAAUGGGACAUUAUCUACUGUAUCUUGAACUCGGACAUUUUUAAUUAAUGAAUGCUCAUUGUUAUGAUACUA